AUGCUCUAACAAACUAUUAUAUUUACCAUGUUCAGUGCGGAUCCAAAUGCCUGCCAUUAACACCACUGUAGCAUCGGAUGUCGCGUCAGCUUACAGGCCCUCGGGAUCCCGAAUAACCUUUUUCUUUGCUUACCAGGGGUUCUUUCUGCCGCAGAUCCUUCUCAUCUACGAAUACGAUGGGGCUUGAUGUACGCCCGCUAGAACAAGUGCUUACCCGUCAGCGUAUGAGAAUCGACAUUGGCGCCAUGUCUGACAUGGCAAUUGGGCGGAAUUAAUGAUCAUCCAUGCCGUCCGUCUGGGCGUAAGAUUUCCGUGUCUCAGACGAGCAUCGGGGAAAUUAGCGUUACGCAGGAUUUAAUAAAGAGAUGAGCUGGCCACUUUCCCCCUCUGUCAGCUUUCUCUACUCAUUCUUUUGCAGUAUACAACUGAACAUGGUUAACCAAGAAAAGACCGUCGACUCGUCGUCGCAGAGCGAGAAGGACAAGGAGUCGACGACUUCGCCGAAAGCGACGCCUCGACCUCCGCCAAUUCUAUGCCUUGGCGCCCCCCGCACUGGUUCAGCGUCACUUAUGAAAGCGCUGCAAAUUCUUGGAUAUCCCAACGUGCACCAUGGCUGGGAAGCUGCUGAGCUUGAGGAACUUCAAUGGCAAUGGCCCAUUUUCGACAGAGCGUGCGACGCGACGUUUAUCAAUAUUCCAACAUACCGCGGCAAACCAUUCUCCCGCGCUGAAUGGGAUGAAGUGUUCGGAGAAUACGAUGCCGUAUCGGAUGUCGCUUCUUUCUUCGCUGAGUCGCUGAUCCCAGCUUAUCCCGAUGCCAAAGUCAUUCUUGUCGAGCGCGAUAUCGAGAAGUGGUUUCCCAGCAUGCACGCCGUUGUCAAGAGCUCUACAAGUCCCAUCCGACGAAAGCUUGGAGCCAAGAUUGGUGAUCUUUCGGGAUUUUUGAGUCCAAGACCAUGCAACAAGCUUCAUCAGGGCUGGACGAGAGCUCCUUCUCCCAACGACGUGAUCGAAUACCUCAAGCCAGCAUAUGUCAGGCAUAAUAAGUACAUCAGAGAUACCGUACCAAAGGAGCAGCUUUUGGACUUCAAGCUUUCAGAUGGCUGGGAGCCGUUGUGUCAGUUUCUGGGAAAGGAAGUUCCUGAUGUGCCGUUUCCGCACGUCAAUGAUUCGAAGGAGUAUGCGGAGAGGGGUAAGAGGUUGGGAAAUAAGAUGAUCAAGCUUGCUUUGAGAAACCUCAUCUUUCCUUGCUUGCGUCCUGAGCCUAUCACCAGGCCCUGAGAGUUACUCCGUGCUUGACUUCUUGGGAGAAGAGGAAGGAGUGUACACCAAGAAAACUAUUCUCUUGGCCGCAUGGGAGUGGUUUGAUUCUGCAUAUCAUUUGAUAUAAAAACGCUGGUUAGAUUUCUCAGUUUAGACAAGCGCGCUGUUUCUAAUACCUAGCUUGGAUAGCGUGUUUUCCAUUCAAUAUCCGUAUUUGGCAA